AUGCCAGAAGGUCUGGAAGCAAGGACUGAAAGUAGUGAAGCAUGUGACACAAUAGAUAAUGUGGAUCUCGGAAAUAACUCUACUUUGGGAAAACUCAAGAGGAAAAGAAGAAAAAAGAAAGGGUAUUCCUGGACAAGAAUGAAAAGGAAAUGUUCAAGAAAUAUAUAUCAAAAAGGGUCAAGAAGGCACAGGGGUAAGAGUGUGGAUUUUUGCUCUGAAAUACUUCCUGUGACCUGUGGUGCAGUGAAGGGGAUGUUACAUAAGAAGAAAUUGAAACAAGGAUCCAUCAUGAAGUGCAUACAGGGUGAAGAUGGAAAUUGGUUCACUCCCAGAGAAUUUGAAGUCAAAGGAGGCCGUGCAGGAUGGAAGAACUGGAAGAACAGCCUUCACUGUGAUGGAAGAGCCCUAAAAUGGUUGAUGGAGAAAGGAUUUCUAUGUAAUCCCCCAAUAAUAUACAGAGGGAGAAGAAAGCGGAGAACAUCGCAGUCUCUUGACAAUUCCUUAGUUGACCCAUAUCUAGGAAAUUCAGACGUAUGUGAGAUCUGCCGGUAUGGAGGAAAGCUAUUCUGCUGUGAUACUUGUUCAAGAUCCUUUCAUGAAGACUGUCACCUCCCACCUGUGGACAUUGAGAGGAGCCCGUGGAGUUGCAUCUUCUGCAGGAUAAAGGAGUACUCAAGAACUCAGCAGUCUCUCAGGGAAUCUGAGGUCCUGGCAAGGCAGAUGGGUCCUGAGGAGCAGCUGAAAUGUGAGUUCCUCCUCUUGAAAGUCUAUUGCGAUUCAGAGAGCACAUUUUUUUCGAAGAUUCCAUAUUAUUAUUAUAUUAAAGAGACUUCUCAACAUCUAAAGGAACCCAUGUGGUUGGACAAGAUCAAGAAGAGGCUAAGUAAGCUGGGUUACCCCCAAGUGGAAGGGUUUGUGAAGGACAUGCGCCUCAUCUUUCAGAACCACAGGGCAUCUUACAAGUACAAUGACUUUGGCCUAAUGGGACUUAGACUGGAGGCAGAAUUUGAGAAGAAUUUCAAGGAAGUGUUUGCUAUUCAGGAAACAAAUGAGAACAGUUCACCAGUGGAUACUGUUGGGACCCUGGAAAAUCCCCUCAUCCUGUAA